AUGCAAAUAGAAUAUAGACAGUUAGCAGAUGCAAAGGAUGUAAUGGAGGGAGUUCGCAAUUUGGAGGGAGCUAGAUUGCCUGUUCUCACCCCUAAUAUGAAAGGCUUUCAAGCUGCUGUUGCAGCUGGUGCUAAGGAAAUUGCAGUCUUUGCAUCAGCUUCUGAGGCAUUUUCGAAGUCAAACAUCAAUUGCAGCAUUGAGGAAAGUCUUGCUCGUUAUCGUGCAGUUACUCUAGCGGCUAAAGAACUCUCAAUACCUGUUCGUGGGUAUGUAUCGUGUGUUGUCGGAUGUCCAGUGGAAGGAGAGAUUCAUCCAUCCAAAGUGGCAUAUGUGGCAAAAGAACUUCAUGAUAUGGGUUGCUUUGAGAUUUCCCUCGGUGAUACAAUUGGAGUUGGUACACCAGGUACUGUUGUUCCAAUGCUUGAAGCUGUUAUGGCCGUUGUUCCUGUUGAGAAGCUUGCUGUUCACUUCCACGAUACUUAUGGACAAUCUCUUUCCAAUAUUUUAGUAUCCCUUCAAAUGGGGAUUAGCGCAGUGGAUUCCUCUGUUGCGGGUUUAGGUGGGUGUCCAUAUGCUAAGGGUGCUUCUGGUAAUGUGGCUACCGAAGAUGUGGUAUAUAUGCUUCACGGGCUUGGUGUACAAACCAAUGUGGAUCUGACGAAGCUCCUGUCUGUUGGCGAGUUCAUCAGCAAACAGUUGGGUCGUCCAUCUGGUUCCAAGACAGCCAUUGCAUUGAACCGGGUAACAGCGGAUACCUCCAAAAUAUAAUAUGGUAUUAGA